GGCGAGAGGAGUUCCCGCAGCCCGCCCCUGCGCCCGCCCCUCGCCGCCCGCGGCUCCUCCUCGCCGCCGCGCCUCGCCUCGCCUCACCUCACCUCGCCAUGGUGGAGCGGGGAGACGCGGCGCCGCUGCUGCGUUGGGCCGAGGGCCCCGCCGUCUCCCCGCCGCUGGCCCCGGACCAGCAGGCUGGAGUCCGGGGCUGGGGCGGCGGCGGGGGCGGCCGGGCGGCCGCGGAGCCGCCGAGGAGGCGGGAGCCCGAGGAGCUGGGUCCCUCCCAGGUGCUGCUGCAGCCCGGGCGUCUGGAGCUGGGCGACGUGGAGGAGGACCAGGUGGUGGCCGUGUUCGUGGUCACCUUCGACCCCCGCUCGGGAAACAUGGUGGAAUGGUGCUUACCUCAAGAUAUUGACCUUGAAGGCGUUGAGUUCAAGUCUAUGGCCAGUGGGUCCCAUAAAAUUCAGUCUGAUUUCAUCUAUUUCCGAAAGGGGCCCUUCUUUGGCCUGGCCUGCUUCGCCAACAUGCCUGUGGAAAGCGAGCUGGAGCGUGGCGCCCGGAUGAAAUCCGUGGGCAUCCUCUCUCCAUCCUACACCCUGCUGUACCGGUACAUGCACUUCCUGGAGAACCAAGUUCGACACCAGCUGGAGACACCGGGACAUUACUCUCGUCUGGCUGCAUUCUACGAGGACAAGAAGGGGGUGCUCCAUGCCAGUCCGGGGAGAGGUGGAAGCCUGCCCCCUGUCUACUGGCUGCCUUCCAUCCACCGGUACAUGUACCCCGAGAUGAAGAUCACACACCCAGCUGGCUGCAUGUCUCAGUUUAUUAAGUUCUUUGGGGAACAGAUACUCAUCCUUUGGAAAUUUGCCUUACUUCGAAAGCGCAUUUUGAUAUUUUCUCCCCCUCCAGUGGGCGUCGUGUGCUAUAGAGUGUACUGCUGCUGCUGCCUAGCCAACGUCUCCCUGCCCGGCAUCGGGGGCACCGUUCCCGAGUCCAAGCCUUUCUUCUACGUGAACGUGGCCGACAUCGAGAGCCUGGAGGUAGAGGUGUCCUACGUGGCCUGCACCACCGAGAAGAUUUUUGAGGAGAAGCGGGAGCUGUACGACGUCUACGUGGACAACCAGAAUGUGAAGACGCACCACGAGCGCCUGCAGCCGCUGCUGAAGAUCAACAGUGCCGACCGGGAGAAGUACCGGCGGCUCAGCGAGCAGAGGCAGAUGCUGUUGUAUUCCCAGGAGGUAGAAGGAGAUUAUAACCCCUGUGAAGAGGACCUCUUUGUGCUGUUUUUCCUAGAGCAAAACAAUCGGAUAUUUCAGACUUUACUGGAGGUGUCUGCCAGUCAAGACAAAACUCUGACGGCUGAGCAUGCCCGGGGCAUGGGUCUAGACCCCCAAGGAGACCGAAGCUUUCUCAUGGACCUGCUGGAGGCCUACGGCAUCGAUGUCAUGUUGGUCAUUGACAACCCCUGUUGCCCAUAGGAAGGAUGAGUUCACCCAGGCCCCAGAUGGCCUGAUUUUUAAUUAAGUUGACACAAAGGAAUACUGUUUAUACUUCCAACAAAUGUAACUUUUGCAUCGCCUUCCCUCCCUUCCUCCCUCCCAAGAGGUAAGAUGAGAGCACCUUGGUUUUGUAGGUCGUUGAAAGCUACCGCCUUCAGAGCUGCUGCCGGUUUGGUCUUAGGAGUUAUCAAAGCAGAUUCUCUCAUUGCCUUGUUGAGGGACUUGAGGAGAUGGGGCGAAGGCCGCGUAUCACCAGGCGCGGGCUGAGCUCUGGAAACGUGGGGCUGGACUGUUGAGAAAGUCUGUCUGGUUCUUGUCGCUUGACAUAUCAAGAAUAAGACAGCUGUCCAUCCAGUGUGGCGUUGGAUGUCCACCUGCCUGAAGCAGAAGCUAGACCAGGUGGCCUUUCAAGGUUAUUUUAAUCAGUUCUGGGAGUCUAGUCUUGGGAUCAAAUCCCUUUUCCUGUUUAUUAGAGUAAAUCUGUGUUUUCUCUGUUCACGUAGGUAAGAGACUUCAAAGAGGGACAAAGGAUAUUUCUGUCACCAAGUGUGAGCUUCUCUAAGGACAGAUGACAGGGAGAGGUUGCUUCUCAGUCACCUGAGAGCUAAAAUUGUAGAAUGAAGCCUUGAAACCUUUCUCUGAGUAAGUUAAUGGUGGCCACUCCAUGUAAUAGUCCUUUUUCUCUGAAUCCCCUCCUCUUGGGGACGGGCUGGCAGAUUCCUUCAGGCCGAUGUUAACAAGAGUGUGUACCAGUUUGGAGCCCUCAUAAACAAACUUCUCUUUAGCAGAGACGACAUUUGUCGAGCUGAGUAAUUGGGACCAGAGAGGUACAGGUUUGUUAGAGAGCAAACGUGGCAGUCCCUCCUCCCAGGAAAGUAGUUGGGAACCCUGAGAGUGAGCUCCUCUGCUUUGCUCCAGAGUGUUCUGCCCUGGGACAGCUCCUGUCGGCCCUGCCUGUUCUCUUUGGCUGGGGCGUUCGGUUGAUGCCAGCUUAGGUGAGACAGCCACAGUCUGUUAGCCAGAGAAGCGAGCUCCUGGAGCAGCGUUUAGGUCUUUUGGGGUCUGUUUAGGAUUUUGACUUGGGAUCCUGGGUUGUUGGUGACAAAUAACUUCUUGCCCUUCACCAUUCCUGCCUGGCUCUGUUAUUGGAGUAGCCGUCCGUAUAUCCAUGUCUGGGACCAAGUUCCAGCCAGGCAAAUGUCCACAGAGAUAACUUCCAAACAGAUGGGUCCCAUGUCUUAUCUCAAGACUAGCUUUAUAGGGCUUAUUGCUUUAUUUAAAAAUAUUUUCACUGUAGCCCCUUGACAUGGAAUUGAAGACUAAAGAAAUUCGCAUGUGGAAAUGCACAGACAUUGAUUAAUCAAGGUAGCAUCUUUUAUGUAAGUAUAUAAAUCAGUUUGGGCAUUGAAUUGUAAACUGUACAUUUUUCUCCCCUGUGGCUUUAGCCUUCAUUUCAGUAAUACAUAUGUUUACAAAAGAAAAAAAGAAUCUGUGUUUAGAAGCUGAAGCUUCACUGCCUUUUUCCUGGAAGAGUGACUGGAGAAGAAGUGGCCUUUCUAACUUGGGUCAAGUUAUGGUUACUUUUAUAUACUUUUAGUGGUAUCCGAAGGCUCAGGGCUUUCUAUGUUGGGGGUGGGUGGUCAGAAGUAGGGGCGGGCGUAAAAGGGAAGGUCAGAUUCUCGUGGAGGACACAGGCAGACCCUCUUUCUGUGCAGCUGGGGAAUUUGUUGGGAGAAUACUCUAUUUAAGCACUUCUGCUCCAGAGGCCUUCUGCGUGUGAACGCUUUUGUUUUUGUGGUAUUGUAACUCCAAGCUCAGACGUGCUGAUGUAGAGGUAGUAGGAUGAAGAUGAGAUUCCUGUAUCUCCCUUUGAAUGGUGGGCCCAGGCUUCUGUGCUCCUUUUAGCUCCCUGCCGUCCUAGGCAGCUGUCCAUCUGGCAUCUCUGUGUGUCCCGCCGAUGCUCACGCAGAGGUCUGGGCUGGGGGUGGCCCUGGGAGGGGUGCACCCAUGAGGCAGUGCCACUCUGAGGUCAUACGCACCCUGGGCUUGGCCGACCUUGAAGAGGAAACCCAAGCAUUGGUUCUUCCCUGCAUUGCCAGCUUCCUGCGGGGGGGGCCAGGAGUCUAGUGCAGCGCCCUCUGCUGGGCCGGCCGGUGCGCCGUUGCCCUGUGGUUACCCUCGUCACUGCCUGUCGUCCCCCGGGAAUGCAGAUGUGGCGCCUCUUGCUCCCGAGGUCACAGGUCACCGUUUGGAGGCUCUCUCAGGUGGGCAGCACCCACGGCGUCGCUUGCUGCCAGGUCCCUGAAAGGGGAGUUCGUAGGUGAGGUACCAGGCAAGACUCCCUGCACAGGGACGGCAGAAGCUAGAGGCCACACAGACCUGCUUGUGUGUCACUGUGGAAAUAUUUUCUGAGAACCCCCCUGCUUUUGUUUGGAAGCUUUGGAGAAUGUCUCUUUCCCUGUCCCCAGAAGGGACAGGGCUUACUGUUGCUACUGUGGCCUUCUGGAGGUCGGGGGCCUCGGGUCCACUGACUGAUGGUGGCCUCCUGUCCCUCUAGACCCUUGGACCACCUCCCUCCCUCCCCACUGUACCAGCUGGCGUGGUCCUGCUGGGGGACUGUAAGCCUGAUCUAACGCCAAGCUGCGAGCCACGUCCUAACUUGGAAACACUGCUGACCUGAGACACGGGGGCUGCCAGGUCACCCCUGAGUCAAGUUAGAAGAAACUCUCGGUGGCGAGAGUCCUUGUGGGACCUAGAACCCAGGCUUGGGGUUUGUUGAUGUCUGUAAGGUACGACAGAGUUCUGGUGAAAUGGACUUUUCACUUAUGCAGGCUGGGCAGAUGGUACCAUUCAGCCUUUGGGACAAUGUCCAGUUGUCCUCUGGAUUAGGACUCUUCAGGAGUCAGAAAUGGUAGGACUUAUCUUUCACCAGACCAAAAAGUAUGGGCCAAAUAAGAGUUUAGAAUUAGCUUUGGCUUUUGCUAAGCCUGAAGCACUCCGUAGGCCUGGUGUAGAUCCCUGGUAGUGGAAGUGCCUGUAUAGCCCCUGGUGAGUUAGGAUUGCUGUGGGUCAGCAGGCAUCUGUCUCCUGGAGCCAUCCUUCAUCCUGGCAUCAUGUCUUCCAUUUGGCUGAAGAAGGGACGCUAACUUCACUGAUAUAGCGAUAGAAAUAAUUUAGCAUAGGAAUUUGCAUUUAUAACUUACCUUGUUUUGUCCCACGUGAAAAUCAAGAUGGGAAAUUUAAGUAUAGCACAGGGUGCAGAUAAUUCUCAGUGCCACGUGUGAAGGUUCAUUUAUCAGUGUAACUCCUGUAUUUUAGCUAGAAGGUAAAGAUAAGUGAAAUCAUGGCUGAAUCACUGUUUUUCAUUCUGGUGGUUCUGAGGAUGAACUUGCUGUUUGUCUUGAUACACUGAAAGCCCUUCAAACGCAAUAAAAAGGUAAGAUUAUUCACCUUUAAACCGAGGCCUUUGGGGAACCUUUUGUAAAGGGCAGUGAAGAGUUAACCUUUUAACGGCAGUACAGCAACCCUCCAGGAAGAGGCGGGGACCUCAGGGACUGUUUGUUUUGUUUUGUUUUGUUUUAAAUGAAACUGCAGAGCCCAGGGAAUGAGCUGAGGUGCUUCCUCCACUCCCAGGACGAUCAUACUUGCAGAGGUAGAGGAGGGGGAGGGCGCUGCUGAAUAAAUAAGACAGUGAACUUGCUUUGGUGUGAUGACAGUUCUCCAACAGGCAAGGUUAGUAUGGGGACUGGCGUGUCUCACACGGGCUUUCAUCUCCCCGUUAGGUUCCUGGCUGGUGGGCUCAGACUCUGCGAAAGGGCCAGUCCUCGGGUCUUUUCCCUGCAUUCCUGCUGUACUUAGUGCCCUGCAGUGAGGAUCCUGCAGACCUGGGGCUCACUCCAGCAGGCCAGUCCGUCCCCUCUCAUUUCAGGAAAGCCCUUUUGUGAUUCAGGUAGGGGAAGAGGAGUUCAGGGCUCCUUUUACUCCCAAGUCAUGGAUUUUUAAUAUUCCAUUUGUAUUACCAGUAUACCUCUGUUCCCCGGAGCUACUGGGGUGGAGUGCUGUGGAAAAAGGCUAACUGUGAAUUUAGUUCAUGUUUUUCUUAUAAGAAAUGGAAGUUUAUUUUUAUAUCGAUAUUACUAUGUGAUGAAUUGAGUAUGCAGAUGUUGGAAGGAAAUUUCAAAACUAUAAUCCUAGAAGAAACGGGCAGUAUUGCAAUUUGGAAGCAGCUGAGACCCCGUAAGGGUUUUGUUAUUUAAAUGUUUGGGUGAGUGAAUAAGGACUGUCCUGUGAAAUCUAACACAGCCUCUUGAGGAGAUAAAGUUGACAGUCCGAUGGAGGAUGACACACAUUCACCAACCUUAAGUAAGAUUCUUGUAUGAAAGGGGGUGAAUGUGAUCAUGCUGGAGGCAGGUGAGAGGCAGGGGUAGUUUUAUAACCGGCACUUUGACUCAUUUGUGGAGCUGGAACACAGGGGCCACUUGGUGAAACUGCACAUUUAGAAAGGAAGUAAGAAUUUUCCAGAGCUAGAGAAAUGAUGACGGAGAAGUAAAGCCCUGCUUUCAUCUCUUUAGCAUUUAUUCUAGAAGCUCAGCAUAGUGGGCUUCUAGAGGUAAUAGGAUCUAAAUUCAGAAAAUUUAUUUAACUACCAUGGAAGGCUAGGUAUGCAUGACCUCUGUUUGCUGUGGAAUGCCUCUUUAGACUCAUGGCCCAUCUACUUUGCUUUCUGAGGACCGCUGGGGGAUGCAGGGGUGGGGUGUAGGGUGUUAUGAACUAGCUGGAGAUGAUCCACAAAAUGACAAAUCCACACACGGGUCACUGAGUUCACUGGUUGGUAACAUAUACCAUUGACACUGGAGUGAAAACUCCUUCCUUUGGCCAAAUCAAGCAAAGAUAAAAGUCUCAAAACAUUUUGAAGGCAGCAUCAGGAAAUGAGUUUCGGUCUAGCCCUCCAAGACCAGUGAGGAAAGCUGUAGAUUCUGUGCUUCUGAACAGACUAGGUAGGAGACUUUAGGGGUACAGAGUAGAGGAAGAACAAAACUAACCUCCUUUGUUUAUCCCAAGCUUGUUGGCUAAAUUUUUUAUAGGUCUGAGAGAGAAACCUUUUUUGAAAAAGAAAUAGUUGUAAGCCUUGGGAAAAGUUCUGUUUCUGCCAAGCUAGGAUCAGCAUAGUCUCCCUGUCGCCUUAAAUGUCAAACCCCUACUUUGAUUAAUACCCCAGUGUAAGAGUUACAGCAAUAAGAGAAACGGAAUCUGUUUUUGUUUCAAGUGUUUACCUCAUAGUAUGAAAUUAGUAAGACAGUUCAUAGAUCUCACCCUGAAUAUACUGCAUCUGGGUGUGUUGUUCUCUCUCUUCAAUGGUGAUCAUUUUAAAGGCCUAAAGGAAGCUGGGGUUCAUCCCGAAGAGUAAAUGUUUCUUGAAUUGAUUUUGUUCUGUGGUACAGAUAACAUCUGUGUAUAUCAUAUGUGUAUAUAUCUGAACCAAGUUGUAUGCAGAGAGGUUGAUAUAACUAUAUUUACAGAAGACAGUUUUUACAAUUAAAAUUCACAUUUUAACAUGAACAUGUGUGCUGCAGUCCUUCACUUGGUCCAAGAAAUGCGGCUUGUGGUAGGAAGCAGCAACAGCCCAGGGCACGAGCAGAAUCCGUGGCGCUCAGCACUGACCUCGCUUACGGUGAUGACGGAAGAAACCAGAGCUGGUGCCUGUCCUCCUUGAGGCCACGGUCUGGAUACACAUUCUCCAGGUAAUGGAAACCGAAGUUGGAAAUAACCGUCCCCAUUCCAUCAGAAAAGCCAGGACUGUGCACCCUCCAUCCUAUCAGACAACUUCUGGAGAAGGACCCCACAGAGACCAAAGCUUUUUUGUUUCACAUCUUCCUCCUACUUAAGUUUACUUUAAAACAAACAUUAUAUACUGACACACACACACACAUUUUAUUUUUAACCUUCUGGGGAGUGAGUUAUUUUAAGGCAGUAGAGACUCAAUUCCUAACAUUGUUAGCUCUGUGUUCCAAGCCAUGUUCCUACCUUCCAAGUGACAUGACCACGUAUUACCUAUUUCCUAGGGUUGUGGGAACACAGCUAAGCAGUCGCACGUGUAAAGCACUGGCACAUAGUAAUUACAACCAUGCAUACAAAUUGGCCAUGGGGUUAAGCAAAAGGCUUUAUACUGAACUAUAUAUUAAAUAUCUGCUCUGUUUUUAAUAGAAAUACUCUUGGAUUUUGAGUGAAAUUAGUCUGACAAAAGGUUUGUACUAAACAAGAAGGGGGGACUCGGCUUCUCCUCGCACCCCUCAGCAUUCCAGGUCUAGCUGAUGAGGGUCUCUCAUAGCUGCUGAAACAUCCUUUACAUGGCCCUUAUAUGGAAGGACAACAGAAAGAAGGCAAUAGAUGACAAGGCAACCAUGUUCUCAGUAAAUAGUCUGAAUCAAGAAAACAAAAUUUGAACUAGGACAUAUUUACAUUUAAAAAUGAAUAAAAACUCAUCUGAAUUAAAUAUCCUUCCUCAAUCAUAUGUUCCGUUAUUUCUAUGGAAAAAUUAGAAUCACUAAAACACAUACAGGCUGGUAGCCAAGAUUCUGUGCUGGUCUGUUGCACUCUCUUAUAGAACCAAUAUAUGCCGGAUUCUCUUGGCUCAUGUAGACCGCAUUUUCCUACACCACAGCACCCCCUCUCCCCUCCUCUCUUGGCUUAACGUAGACCGUAUUUUCCUGCACCACAGCACCCCCUCUCCCCUCCACGGGCAGUAUGGAGUGGUUGCUCCUUAGACUGCAUGCUUGGACCUGCCUGCUUUUUGUUUUUGCAAAAGCACAGCUUUUAACACCACUCUGAAGAACACAGAGGUAAACAGGUAAGCAUUAUUUUAUGGGCUGUUCAGUCAUGGUCUUUUCAUGGCUGCUUUAUAAUCCUUUAAGCAUUGGUCUUCACUCUCCAAGGGGUUCGUGGGUGCCAGCACAUGCACUGUCCUAAAACUGAUCUACCCGAGGGUGAGCCAGCCAGUUCUCCUUUCCCUCUUCCCCCUUGUGCAAUUUUCCUUCCUCUUUACAAAAAGAAAACCUUACGUCUCAUCCAGCUUACUGUGGUGCACUGCCCUCUGGAAUAUAAAAACCUCAGGGGCGCCAAGGUGAUUAUCAUGCCUAGCUACUGAAUCCUUAGCAAGGUAGGUAAGUUUCUGGUUCUCGGUCUUCAACAAACUAAAGGGGGAUCUAAUCAAGCUGUUGAUAGGUCACUGUGAUUUUUGAUAUGCAACUCGAGAACUGCAUGACAUUGUCGUGAUAACAGAAUUUUUUCUAUCCCAUCUGCUUACUUACGUAUUUACAUCUAUAAGGUUAAGCCUUGUUUCACCUUAGCUGUAAAUAACAUGUGCUUUUGGGAGAAGACAGAAUGGUGGAAUAGAAUGACGUGAGCUUACCUCUUCUUACGGAAACAGAAUCACAACUAACU